AUGUCAAUUAGCGACGGUGGACUCAAAGCAACGGCGACGACCCGCAACGAAACAGGAUUCUGGGCAUCCUGGCGACGCUUCUCGGAGAAGAGCCACGCGCUCGACUACUUCGGCCUCGCCCUCCUCAUCACCGCAUACCUCCUGGUCAAGUUCUUCGGCGAGCCUUUCCAUUCGCAAUUCCGUCUCGAUGACCCUCGCAUUCAACAUCCUCACGCCGAGGUCGAGCGCGUAGACAUAAGUACCAUCAUCUCCCCACAUUCCUACAACUCUCCUCCAAGCCAAGCCAAGCCAAGAGCUGACGAUGCCAUGCCAUGCAGUCUGGCUCUUCAUCUACGCCGCCCUCGUUCCCUUACUCUGCCUCAUCGCCUGGGCCCUCACCCUCCGUCCUUCCGUCCAUAAGACCCACGUGACCCUCCUCGGUCUCGUCAUCUCCGUCAUCCUGACCCUCCUCUUGACCGAUAUCUUCAAAGAUGCCAUAGGACGCCCUCGUCCUGAUCUCAUAGCGAGAUGCAAGCCAAAGCCAGGCACGCCAAAAGAUCACCCCAUCACGGUGGAUGUGUGCACGGAGAAGAGACAUCACGUGCUCGACGACGGUUGGAGAUCCUAUCCGAGCGGACAUAGUAGUUUCGCCUUUUCGGGUUUGGGGUGGCUGGCUCUGCUCCUAGCGAGCCAGUUGCAUGUGCUGAGGCCGAGGGCGAAUCUGGCGACUGUGAUACUCUGUAUGGCGCCUUUGGUAGGAGGUAAGAAACACCAUUCCUUACGAGAUAUGCCGGUCUCUCCUCUGUAUUGAUAACUUCUCAGCCGCAAUGAUUGCCAUCUCUCGAUUGGAAGAUUACAGACACGACGUCUUCGACGUGGUAUCCGGCUCCACACUUGGUCUGGCAAUCGCCUACUUCAACUGGCGGAGAUACUACCCUUCCCUACUCUCCCGUAACUGCGACGAGCCAUACCCUCCCACCGCAAACAGCAUCGCAACAGAGGCCGGUUUCCAGCGCGUUCGUGACGAAGAAGAAGGCGAAUCGAGCUACGUACGCGUUUAUGGAGCUCCACAAGCAGCCGAGGACAGAUACUGA